CAAACUCCUGAAUGUGCCUGAAGUUAUUAACCAUUUCCAGGGGUGCAGGGUCAUUGGGUUGUGUGCAGUACAGAGCUGUUUCCAGUGCCAGCAGCUAGGGACAAAGCAUACAAUUCAGCAUCCAGUGUAUAGAGAACGCAAGGUUUCUCUGACUUGAGACCAUCUUACCUCUGCUGCAAAAUGCCUCCCACUGACUGUGUGCUCUGAGCCUUCUGGCUUGUUCCUGUUUCCCCAGUGAAGGUGAAGCUGAGUUGCAGUGUAUUGGAAAGGGAGGUUUCUGAUGUGCAUGGUCAUUUAUGAAUAUGUUGAACAGAACUGGUCCCAGUACAGUUCCUUGGGGGACCUGGCUAUUUACAGCAUUGCAGAGGUAAUGAGCAGAUGCCUGCCAAUGGCAGUAGACGCAGCCUUGCUGUCAUUGCUUUGGAGAGCCUUGGGAAAGCAUGAGCCAGGAUUUUGGAUGAGAACUAAAGUGCUGGGAUGGAAUGUUGUCACUGAACUGCUGUGGGGAGAAACAAGUAUGUAAUGAGCCAAUGGAUGAAGGGGUACAUGGAGACAAGAUUGGGAUCCGACUCUACUAUGAUAAAACCACAGAUCGCUGUAAACCAUUUGCAUACAGAGGUGCUGGUGGGAAUGGGAAUCGCUUCUUCACUGACAGGCAGUGUAUGAAGAGAUGCUCUACGUUAGCUGAACAAAUCUAUCCGGAUGAUGACCGUGUUUGCCUGUUGGAGAAGGAUCUUGGACAUUGUAAAGGGACCUACUUGUUGUGGUAUUUUGAUCAUGCACUGAAGAAGUGUAGGACCUUCAUUUAUGGAGGUUGUGCAGGAAAUGGAAAUAGAUUUGUUAAUGAGACAACAUGUUGCCAGAAGUGUGCUCAGGCUCCUGCGUGUGAACAAACAGGAAAGGAAGAUGAAGGGCCUGAUGUAGGCUUGGUGCUUGGAAUCACUGUGGGAUGUACUGCAGCAGUUAUCUUGAUAUCUUCACUUGCCAUUUUCCUUCAGAAAAUAGUGAAGAAAUAUUCAACCAGAGAAAAGAAGCAAAAUAACCCCCUGGCUAAUAUGGAAAUGUACUAACCAGAAAGAAAAACCUUCUUAUUUCCUUGGAUUAAUGCAGUGAAUUCCUUGAUUUGUAUCAUAUGGUUUUGUUAUAUGAAAUAUUGUUUAUACUUUCUAAAGAACCUAUAAAAUGCGUACUAGGAUUUACACAUCCUAUUCAUCCGGUCCAGUGUAUGGGACAGCUCUCAUCCCAUUUGAGGGACAUAUGUAAGAAACCCCAUAGCUUAGUGCAUUAAGCAUUGCACUAGUGGUAACUUAACUCAAAAUACUGUCUCUCUGAACUAAAUCCUGCUUUUAGCUACACAGCUGGAAAUGAAGAAUAACUCCACUGAGCUUAGUCUAAAUUGUUUAUGAUGUUGUGGGAAACUGGACCAUAUGUGCUUUUAGUGAGUCUGUUCUUCCCGCUUCAGGCACAUGCAGAAUUUCCAUUAAUGUUAAUUAGAAAGACAAUGUUCUCCCAAGACUUCUUGUGGCUCAGUAGUGUGCUGUAUUAGAUGCUUUCCAAACUCCUCAUCGGAGAAUCUUUACUGAGAUGGUAGUUCCAAAAUCAUCUGCAUUAUUAAAUGGUGAUGUAACACUUAAGUCACCGGCUGUACCUGCGCCUAUUGUCCAUGUGCAGUGCAGUUUGCUGCCCAAAAUGAGAGAGAGAGCAAAGGAAUGCAAGACUCGGAAGUACUGCAGCAGUACUCAGAAGAAUGCAACAAGCGACAAAGAGUCCUGUGGCACCUUACAGACUAACAGACAUAUUGACGAAGUGGGUAUUCACCCACGA